AGAAUUUUGUGACUUGAGCCCAGCCUCUCAUGCUGGCUGCCUCCCUCUUCCUCCUGCACACAAGGACACCUUGCUGAAACAAUAUGUACUCUCUUUUAGGGCUCGGUGGUCUUUGAGGACGUCACUGUGAACUUCACUCGAGAAGAGUGGGCUUUGCUGAGUGCUACUCAGAGGAAUCUCUACAAAGAUGUCAUGCUGGAAACCUUCUGGAACUUGGAAUCAGUCGAUAACUGUGUUCAGACUAAAACCAGUGGAUCAAAUCCCCAGCAAGACAUUUUUGAGAAUGAAAUCUCUGAUGAGAAAAUAAAAAGUUUCCUAAGUUAUAAUUCCUUGUUUGAUUUGGAAGGAAAAGGGAAAUUUCAGGACAUUCAAGAUCACCCUGACAUCCAGAAGCAGCAUUCGAGGGGACGUGAGAGUGGUCACAGAGAUCAGAAGAUGCCUGUGUGUGAAGUAUGUGGGAAAACUUUUAUGCAUUCCUCAUUUCUUAAGCUACAUUUAAGACAACACAGUCGAGAGAAACUCUAUGAAUGUAAGGAAUGUGAGAAAACCUUUGGUUGUUAUUCCUCCCUCCAUGGACAUGAGAAAACACAUGGUGAACAGAAAACUUACGAAUGUAAGCAAUGUGGCCAGGAGUUCAUCUGUUCCAAAUCUUUUCAAACACAUGUGAAAAUGCACAGUGAAGAGAAACCAAAUGAAUGUAAGCAGUGUGGCAAGGUCUUCGCUUGUCCAAAAUAUUUGCAAAAGCAUGUGAAAAUGCACAGUGCAGAGAAACCUUAUGAAUGUAAAAAAUGUGGGAAGGCAUUCAUGUUUCCUUCACACCUUGAAAGCCAUAUAAGAUCUCACACUGGUGAGAAACCCUGUGAAUGUAAACAAUGUGGAAAAACAUUCAGUAGGCCCAGCUCUUUACAAGCACAUAUGGAAACACACUCUGAUGAGAAGUCCUAUGAAUGUAAGCAAUGUGGGAAAAUGUUUACGUUUUCCUCUUCCCUGAAACGACACUUACAACGUCAUAGUGUAAAGAAACCUUAUGAAUGUAAAGAAUGUGAGAAAGCUUUCAAGUUUCCCUCAUACCUUGAAUGCCAUAUGAGAACUCACACUGGUGAGACACCCCUUGAAUGUAAACAGUGUGGGAAAACAUUUAGUUGGCCCAUCUCCUUGAAAACACAUAUGGAAAAACACUCUGAUAAGAAGUCCUAUAAAUGUAACCAAUGUGGGAAAAUGUUUAUGCAUUCCUACACCCUUAAAGUACACUUAAGACGCCACAGUGGAGACGCACCUUAUGAAUGUAAGGAAUGUGGGAAAGCUUUCAGUUCUCCCACACACUUAAGAGAGCAUAUGAGGAUGCACACUGGAGAGCCCUAUGAAUGUAAGGAAUGUGGGAAAGCCUUUGGUUCUCCUGCAGACUUACGAGAACAUAUGAGAACGCACACUAGAGAGGCCUAUGAGUGUAAGGAAUGUGGGAAAUCCUUCAGUUCUUCCACAUACUUACAAGAACAUAUGAAAAUGCACACUGGAGAGCCUUAUGAAUGUAAGGAAUGUGGGAAAACCUUAUGUUCUGCAUAU